AUGUCGUUCACCGUGCUGUGGGCUGAUAUCAAGGACAGUAAGCAGGUGAAGCUGUUCAUUGCUCACAGCCAAGACCCACCUGAACCCCCACCUGAUUCUUCACCUGAUUUCACAGACUUUGUCGCAUCCUGCUUGAACCGGAACCCCUCAGAGAGUCCAACAGCUGCAGCGCUGCUGAGCCAUCCAUUCUUGGCUGCAUCGUAG